UCGUAUGACUAGUAACCAUUAUCAGUCAACCGUUACAGGGUUUGAAGUGAUCUUGUAGUUCGUCGAAUCAUAACACAGACCACGUCCAACAUGAAGUCGAUGGUGGUGUUAUUUGCUAUCGCUACAGUGGCUUGUGGAUCCUUGAUCCCAGUGGCGCAACCACCGCAUCAUCCCGCCAUUGUGUUGGACCCUCAUGGCCGCCCCUUGGAUACAGCGGAAGUUAUUAAUGCACGUGCUGUACACCUUCAGGCCAAGGUUUUAGAAGAUCAUCAGGCUCCGUUAGUACACGCUGCUCCCGUCGCUCACGCUGUCGUCGCGCCUGCAGUGGUCGCCGCUCCUGCUGCCGUAUCUCAUCAGGCUCGCAUUGACGUGCACAGUAGCCCUGCGAUCGUGUCUCAAGCCUACGCACCACUCUUAAGUCAUGCUAUUAGUGGAGAACAUUUGUUGAAGAAACGCUCUCUAGCCCACAUCACUCCCAUUAUCGCUUCCUCUGCUGUCUCGCAUCAGUCUCGUAUUGAUGUUGUCUCUAGUCCCGCUGUAGUUUCUCACGCCAUUGCUACUCCUGUGAUUUCCCACGCCGUCUCUACGCCUGUCGUUGCUGCAUCUACUUAUUCCAUCUGGGAUGCUCCUAUUCACAGUGCUCUUGCUGAUUUGUCUCUUUCUCAUGGACAUAUUCUGAAGAAGCGAUCUCUAGGUGAGAUACUGGCACCAACUGUGUUGUCUCAUAGCCUUGCUAGUCCCGUUGUAUCGCACGCUAUCGCAGCCCCAGUUGUGGCUAUUGCUCCUUCGGCUGUGUCUCACCAGUCGCGCGUGGAUAUUCGAUCCAGCCCCGCUGUGGUUACUCAUUCCGUGGUUGCACCUGUUCACUCCAUAUGGAACGCUCCAAUCUAUGGUACUCACAGUGGUUUGUCUCUCUCUCAUGGACAUCUUCUGAAAAAGCGUUCUCUGGCUGAACUAUGGGCACCUGCUGUAGUGUCCCAUGUGGCUAGCCCCAUUGUGCUCGCAGCUCCCACUGCCGUAUCCCACCAAUCCCGUGUAGAUGUAAUCAACUCCGGUGCGCAUGUUGUCCCUGUCGCGCACUCCGCUGUGUGGACCGCGCCUCAGCUGCAUUUAUCCCAUUCGGGUCUACUGCAUGCUGGCCAUUGAUAGUGGCAAAAAUUGACUCGACGAACGAUGUAGUUUUCGUUUUGAUAGGUAAUAUUAAAAUGAAUAGACAAAUAAAUAAAUUAUAUUAUAAA